UGUCAUCACGAACGUCAAGUCUCGCCGGUCGAAAUACUAUACGAGUUGCGGGUUAUUUAACUGGGAUCGGUGCAGCAGACACAGGACAGUGUACUACAAGCAGCAUGUGUGCCAAUCUGGAUACAGAUCUACCAAUAACCAUGGCUGUCCCCACGCCAUCUGCGACAACGCCAUCAACCCCACCGGCGCCUGCAACAUUGACUACCCUACGUCCCACAUCAUCUACAGCGAUGGCGUGACCCAAUACAGUAGCGGGGGCACCUGCAGCCUCCCCGAGAUAUGUACCAGCUGCAAGAUGGGCUUCUAUGCCAGCCCAAACAGAUGCCGGAUGUGCUCGGCCAUCUCCAACUGUGACCUGGAGGAAUGUACGUCGCCCUCUGACCAGGUGUGUUCCCGGUGUGAAGGGGUGUACAGGGAGCUGGCUGGGGAACGAGCUUACGCCGUCACCACAGACAAGAAAUCCUGUAUCCAGGCAUGUUCGUGGCGCAGUGACAGUACACGGUGCUACCCAGGACAAUGUGCAGAGGAAUAUGCAACGAAUUGUAUCUGUACAACAGAGUUUAGCGGCAGUCACUGCGAGAAAAUCGACACGUUCCCGUCUAUUUUGUCCAACACACUGAAGGUGACCGGCCCGGGCCUGGACAAGGUGGAAGCCCCAGACAACCCCAAUGAAGGAGCUCCCCAAGACGAGUCCUGGGCCAACAUCAACGACACCAGGAUGAUCUACUACAAAUUCGAGACCAAGUUCAUCAUGACUGCGACUCCACUACCCAGACAGGCCUAUGUUGAGGGAUUUGCUGUUGGCAUCAUCAACGCCAAAGCAACAUUUGAAGUUACACGAAACGACUCUGUCAUACUGAGCUCUGUACGACCUUGCGAUGGCCCCAGUAAGACGGCACCUCGUCAAACUAAGUUGACCUGUGAGGAGGACGUGACUGCGGACACGUUUCUCUCCCUACCAGUGGAGAGUGGAGAUAUAAUGGAAUUUACAUUUGAGGCAACUAAUGGUGGCUACGUUAAAGUGAGGAACAAGGAGAGCGACAUUCUCGUGACUUACUACUACGAAGGGAAGACACAAAUCAAUCGUUAUAUCCUCGGGUUUGACUUCAUAGACCCACAUCACUGCAGUGUAGAUCUGGAGGAGAACUGCACAGAUGACAUGAUGUCGCUGGCCAAGACCCACACACAGGCUCCGAUCAGUGUCACGUGGCAGGGAUGGAGGGACGAUGUCCUGGUGUUCUCCUACUUGGUGUCGAUAUUUGAACUUUAUGACAAACAUCCCAACAUCAGUGACUCUCAGCUCGUGGAGAACUUCCUAGCCUUUGCACCUGACAGAUACAGAGGCGAGAUAUCUUCAAGCCAGUUUAAUCUGUCACACCCCGGGGUGUAUGCGCUUGUUUUAACCGCUUACGACAAGGCCGAAAACCACAAGAGUGCUCGGCGAAUAUUCAUCUAUGAUGAGGUGUCAAAAGUGGGCGUGGUCCAUGACACGAAGCUUCUAGUGACGUCAUCGGCUUCUAUAACAACCCACCGCUGGCAGUGGAAUACGACGGACGUGUCUGUCGACUGGGAGAAGAGGUACAUCAACACCCUCCAUUACAACAACGGGUGGCUGAAGCAAGCAGCCUCCUUGCAUGACGUAACACCGCACUACGACGAUAACAACCACUCCAGGGGAAUAGACGCCAUUGAUCACGUGCAGGGCAUAGUUGAAUACCGCACCGCCUUCCUGAUUGACCACAGUGGCGGCAGCAGCAUCCUCUCUCCCCCUCCUGACGCCAACUAUCAGAGCCAGGGUCUGAAUCAGCACCAGACAGUCACACCGGUCCUCGUGGACGGAGACACCGUCAGGUUCUGGGUCAGGGCGUACGACAUCAGGCGCGAACUCCUUGAGGAGAGCGUGACAGUCCACGUGGACACAUCGCCUCCAGUCAUAGAGAACCUGUGGCUCACCAGGGGAGACAGACUCAACAUCAGUGUUCAUAGAGUAGAGGAAUUCAAUGAAAUGACAUUUGAGUGGCUGGCGUUUGAUGACCACAGUGGUCUAGAGACUGUGUCGUGGAGACUCUACGACAACAUCACCGGCUCAGACAUCUACCACGGAGAAGAACAUCUAUCAGCUCAAGGAGACACGCAAACACUGGCCAACUGCACAGCGAGGUACAGCGACUAUGCACGGGGUGCCAACUGCUACUGUACGCCAGGGACAGGGUGUUACCACAGACACUUCCAGAUCAAACCACGCAUAAUCUCGUCUAAUCUCAGUCAUGGUGGCGUGUUCCACGACAUGCACAAGGGCGUUCACGACUCCGACUACUUCAUCGAGAUUACAGUAAUGAACCACGCAAAACUAAACACGUCGCUUGCAAUCAAGGUGACAGUAGAUGCAAGCCCACCGCACCCUGGAGUUGUCCACGAUGGUCAGCCUGGACACCCGGAAGUGGACUACCAGGACAGUCUGCAGCUCCACGCCCACUGGGACGGCUUCUUUGACCGGGAGAGUGGGGUCAAGUUCUACCAGUAUCAGUUCUCGGACAAGUGUCUACAAAAGGAGCAUUUCGGUUUGGAUACGAGUGUAUUAAAUGUGACGGAAACCUACUCGACACAUGCAGCAUGGUCGGCACCUUCCCCAGGGACGUAUCACGUGACAGUGGUGGCCUACAACCGGGCCCUGGAGGCAUCUGACCCUGUGUGUUCUGACGGAGUGACCCUUGAUGACACACCACCAGCAGUGGGACAGAUUGCUGUAGCCUCGUCUAGCAUUGCCCCGGGUCUGGUCACCACCUCAUCAGGCACGGUCUGGUUCAUAGACAAUCACCGCAGGAGAAGCAGAAUUACUGAACCAGAUACCCAAUGCAGAUCCAAAGGAACAGCAAUCGACGCAGCAGAGUUAGAGAAGUUCCCCAUUCACGUGAUGAGGAAUGGAACGAUGUUGAAACGAAAUGCAACAUUUUGCAUAGAGUCUGAAGCGUUGUCAAGUUUCCACCAGAUAUACAUUUCGAAACACCACCACCUGUUUGUAAACUGGACCGGAACUGACGCGGAGAGCGGUAUCUAUGAUUACGAGGUGGGGCUGAUGUCAGAUCCUUCUGGUGAAGCAGCUCCAGACAUUCUGCCGUACACGUCCACUCAUAAUCAUCCCCAGUAUCAAGGCUACCACCCUUCUCUCAGUGAGGGGCACCAGUUCUACAUAGCCAUCAAGGCCAUCAACAAAGCUGGGCUUACAACCAUUCGGUUCCUGGGGCGUCUCCUCGUGCACACCCAGAAGCCUGUCUUUAACGGUGGAGUCACUGCUGCCCUGACUCCCAGUCUGAGUCAUCUCCUAGUGACGUGGAACAACUCACAUGUCACGGACCCUGAUGCUGCUCACAUCAAGUAUGAAGCUGCCGUCGGUACCUCGCCGUAUGGGACUGAGAUCAUGCCCUUCAUUGCCCUGCAGUCAGGAGCAGGGUGCACAGUGACGUCUCCGCCCACGUGUACAGCAGUAGCUCUCCGGGACCUCCACUGGGACCUCCAUCACAGCCACGCCUACUAUGUGUCAGUCAGGGUCACCAACACAGUAGGGCUGUCCACAGUGGCGGUAGCAGAACCCUACGUCCAUGACGUCACGCUGCCCUCACCUGGUGUCGUCAUGGAUGUUUGCCCCGAAAAUGAAGAAGAAUUAUUUCAGAUAACGGAACUGCGGGAUUCCGACUACCAACUGUCUACACAAGGGCUGAAGGCGAGGUGGUAUGGGUUUGAUGACGACAUGUUGAACGUGACCUACAGGGCGGGGAUUGGCACCAGGCCCGGGGUAGUUGAUGUGAGAGGCUAUGAAGACACAGGGCACUUGCUACAGCAUCAGUUCACGAAUCUACUGCUGAACACGUCACAGAAAUAUUACACAACUGUUGUGGCUAAGACGGCUGGUGGCGAGGUGACCCAAUCUUCUGAUGGUGUUUACAUUAUCAUCAACAACGCUGACAUCUCUGAUAUGACGAUAAAUGAUGGUCGUCGAUGUGAUUCCAUUCAAGGAACGCAGGAUUGGAAUCCUACACAUCAUAACAUGUCUGCCGUGUAUGGCUGUCACGAGGACCAGGAUUAUCAGCUAUCAACCUCCAUGUUCGCCGCCCACUGGAACAUCACACAACAAUAUACCCACCAGUACCCAGAUGUCAAGUGGAAGCUGGAAAGGAGGUUCGCUUCAUCAGAUGACCUCUGGCACACAGAAAGGGAGUAUGAGUACACUGGACACCGCGACCACGUACUGUCCACGGGACUGGAUCUCAGGUCGGGCUACACGUUCAGGGCGGCUGUGAAGCUGUGUGUUGUGAACGCCUGCACUGACGCCGUGUACAGUAACGGAGUUACAGUGCUACACCACCCACCUGUAAGCGGCAACAUCAGCGUGAACUACACCAACACCGACACAGGCUCCAAGCUUGAGGUGACCAUGGCAAGGUUUGCUGACCCGGACAUGCCAGUGAAGACUGAAGCGUAUGGCGUUGUAGACAGAUAUGAAUGGAGUUUAACAGACAGUGACCACGACAGCAGGCUUCUGACAACGUGGCAGCCAGUGUCAGACAGCACAACCAGCGAGGAUGUGAUGACAUUCCGUGUUCUGCUGCCCAAACGCCUGGACUUCAGUAAGUGCCGUCGUCUUGCUGUUCGUGGCUACAACAAAGUGGGGCUCUCCACCACCGUAUCCGCCGACGUGAGAAACUGUGCUGUCCCUGCCAUCGUCAUCGAUGUUGUUGGCGCCAGACAAGUUGCUGAUGUCGGGGACCCCAUCACCCUGGAGAAGAAUGACAGGUGGAACCUCGCUGAUGCUGACUACACCCCCUACAGGAACAUCCUGUCUGCUGUGUGGCCGACACUCCGUCACAGGAACUACACGUGGGCAGUGGUGUCAGGUGACCAGGUGGACCCCUCCUCCCACUACAAGAGAGAGAGUCUGAUGACCUUCACUGACCCCUGUAGCAUGCCGGAUGUCAUCAAGUGCGGGCACACAGACAAGGAAGUUAUAAACGUGGCCUUUGCCGAGACAGAACGACGGCUUGUUCACGGGAGGAGGUAUUAUGUGUGUGUUCAUGCUGAUGCCAGAACCGUGGAGAACGAGAAGUGGACAGAGGACUUACCAGAGGUCAACUCGUGUAGUGACGGGGUCACGGUGGACGUGACACCACCGAGCGGAGGAAGGGUGUUUCCGGGUGGACCCACCAGUCCCACCUUCCAGACUAGCACGAGUGAGAUGGUGGUCUACUGGGACGGCUUCACUGAUGUAGAAGAGGAAGGGUCUUCUCCACACCCCAGUGGGAUAGUAUAUUAUGAAGUUGCUCUGGGUUCUGAUCCUGGAGGGAAGGACUUGGUUGCAAGACGGAGAGGGUGUUUGGUGAACCACGCUAUCCUGCACGGCCUCCGGCUACACGACGGGCACACCAUCUAUGCGUCGGUGACAGCCACGGACUUUGUGAACAAGAGCAGGACAGUCAUAUCGUCGGGGGUGUUGAUUGACUCCACGCCGCCAGUGACGUCAGGGGGAUCAAUACAUUUCUCUGGGCAAUACAUAACGAAGUCUGUGAUAGAUGUGUGCUGGGACGGUGCUCUGUCUGACCCAGAGAGUGGCAUCGCAAGCUAUGACGUGGGGGUGGGGUCGAGACCUGCCCAUGACGACGUUGUCAAGUACACAUCUACAACGGACCAGUGUAUGGUUAUCGACGGCGGGGCAACCCUAUUAGACGGGCAUGUCUACUUUGUCUCAGUGAAGGGAUACAACAAAGUAGGCCUGCACAGUCUCAUCACUUCACGACCUGUGACGGCGGACAACACACCGCCCUCUAGGGGCCACGUGUAUGAUGGACAACGAACCAAAGUUAGAGGCCAGGCAAAGGACGCUGACUUUGUCACCCUGAUGUCGGAGAUGGGUUCCUACUGGGAAGGGUUUUCUGACCCACACUCGUCAAUCAGUCACUAUCUCCUCCAGGUGGGCACGUGUCGGGGAUGUGACGACACGCUCGCUCAGUCACACGUGGGAGCAAGAACAGAUGUGGGUUUCUAUGACAUCGCCUUCAAGUGUGGCAUGACGUAUUACGUGACGGUGACCGCGUGUAACAUGGCUAGUCUGUGCACCAUGGCGACAAGUGAUGGUGUCAUCUUAGACGUGACCGCUCCACGAACUGGGAACAUCAUGGACGCAACCCGAGAUGAAGAUGUCCAAUAUCAGGCUUCCAGGACAUUCCUUGGAUGUAAGUGGCGAGGCUUCCACGACCCUGAGUCUGGGUUAGCCCACUAUGAAUGGCGUGUAGGGACAACACCAGGAGGUGACGAGAUUCUCGCAGCAACGAAUGCAGCCCUGGAGGAAGCCAUCUUCCACACGCUGUCACGUGACCACCAACUUCCGGUUGGACAGACUCUGUUCACAACUGUCAGGGCCUACAACAAAGCAGGAUUAUACAGUGAAAUUACGUCCAACGGGUUUCUGGUUGACAUCACUCCACCGGAAGUUGUUGUGACACCAGGGAUCCUAGAUGGACAUGGUUCCAUUGUGGCUGGGACGUCCAUCAGCAGGACGACCUUGAGGAUAGGCUGGAAGUUCAAGGACGAAGAGUCUUACAUUGAGAGACAGUACCUCUCCAUCUCAUCACACCAGCUGGGGGAGUUCAAGUCAAGUCUCCUGAAGUUGCCAGGACUUGUUGAAGAAUACACGCUGUCACAGCUGGACCUCCACGAUGGAAGCAGCUACACAGUGAAGCUCGUCGCCUGCAACAUGGCCGGCUCAUGUCAUUCCUCAGACACUGGGGCCUUGCUGGUGGACAGCUCGAAACCCUUGACAGGUGCGCUAGCUGUGCACACCGACCAUGCAGCGGGGUUGUCUCGACACCAGUCGGGCUGGAUGACAUGGAACAGGACCCGGCUGAACCUCGCCUGGCUUGGCUUCUCUGAUCUCCAUUCUGGAAUAACGCACUACAUCAUCACGGCGGGGUCUGCUGAGUUCGGAACGGACCUUACUGAGGGAGGCACAUUUGUGCUGGUACAACACAAUGUAUCUGGUAUUGAGCACGAUGACGAAGGCAGCGUUCAGACUGGUGUAGUAGACACAAAGGACAUCACUUCCACGCCGUCUGUGUUUGUGGCAAUCUGGGCUGUCAACGGGGUUGGCCUCCAGAGUGAUGCGCUUCACCUGGAGCUGGAACUAGGAGCCUGGGGGAAGCUGGAGCUGGUCAGACGCUGUCAGUCGUACAACUGUGAGGGUCACUGUGUCUGUGCCGUGCAGGACAGGACGUGCCACCACACACGCGGAUGUACACAGCUGCAGGAUGGUGGGCCAAACAAUGUUCUGAAUGUGACCGACGUCACUGACCUCCGCUUCUCAACAUCCGGGGACAUUGACCACUCACCAUCAGACACCUUUAUGGCUGCCCAUUGGACGGUGCUGAAACAACAAGGGCUGACUUUCACACAGUAUGAGGUCAGUCUUGGAGUCAGUGACAGCGACUACCCCAAGGGUGUGUUUGACAGUCACUCCCACAAAGUCUGGUUCAGCGUCGGGCGGCAAACAUCAGCUGUCAUCCUUCUGGCACACGGCGAGGACCUCAGCAGCCGGCACAUGUAUUACUUCUUUGUGAGAGGCUGGUAUAAUGCGACGACGUACAGCAUCUUCAGGUCGGACGGGGUCAUGGUGGACACAGCCCCUCCCAAGACCACCGACAACCAGGCACUCGCAGUGAUAGAGCUCAGUGAUGACGAUAGAGUCAAGGAUGCAGACUUUCAGAUGGCGGCGGACACAAUCAGGAUCAGCUGGACCAACAAGUUCCUGCCGGGCGCCGCUGGGAUUCUCAAGUACCGAGUCUACAUCAGCACAAGCCCCGGGGGACACAGUAUCCACGCGUCAGACGACCUGAACACCACGAAGUACACAGCCAGGGGCCUGAGUCUACAAGCAGCCACAGUGUACUACUCCAGUGUCCUGGCCUACAACAGAGCUGGCCUGGUCAGCUGGGCUCACUCUGACGGUGUCCGGGUGGACGUGCUGCCUCCUGUAGCGGGCAGAGUGGAUGACGGACAAGAGAUGCUCGACACGGACUACCAGAGUUCUCCAUCAGAGGUCUCCGCCUCCUGGCACGGCUUCUCUGACACGGACUCCACGAUCAUCACGUACUUCUGGUGUUUGGGAAAAGUCAACGACACAACAGACUGCAGUGUGCUGGGUUGGCGGGAGACUGGGCUUCAUACCACCUUCACAGCACAACUUGCUUCAGCUCUCCCUAGUGGUACACGUUUAUGGAGCAAGGUGUAUGCUGUAGAUGCAGUGGGUCACGCCUCAGACGUAACUGUAUCAGACGGCGUUGUCAUUGACACAUCUCCCCCAGAACCACAGUCCGUGGCAUACCUAGGGGGCAACUUGGUGAAGAAUCCUUCGUUUGAGACACAAAAUAAAGCUGUGAAUUCAUCGACGUACAAUGAACCUCUUCCCGAGCACUGGCAGACUAACAACUCUACAUGCAUACACAUUAUUACAUCUGAGCGUCCAUUAGCUAGACAUGGGAGCAGCUAUGUUGUAAUCAGCGGAUCUGUUCUCCAGAGAGAUAUACAUCUCAGUGUUGGGCAAGUGUACAAAGUGAAGAUUCAUGUGGGAUAUACUGAGAACACGGACAUGCAUCACAGCGUUAUAGAAGGCUUCGUCUCAGUUGGUAUUGAAGUGAUCACAUUCAGCCUGGAGCCGAAUCUAUGCCGAGGGGUGUGUGAUGUUGGGAGACAUUCUGUUAUCAUGUGGAAUACACACACGUUUUCCUUCAUUGCUCGGGAGGAAUCCACACAACUUACUAUUGGCACGAAGUCAAGGUCCAUGGCGAUGGCAGUUGAUCACGUGACACUGCAGAGCGUCAAGUAUGGUGGACAUGACGAGGCUGGUGACACAGAGAAGCACGUGGAGGUGAACGCGGUGUUCCUGCCUCACUGGUCGUCUGUGCACGUGUCAUGGCACUUCACGGACACCGAGUCUCCAAUCACCCUGUACCAGUGGGCAGUAGGUCUGGUGGAAGGCGGGACACAGGUGCAGGGCUUCACUAAUGUUGGUAGAAACCCUCAAGGAACAGUUUCUGCCCAGAAACUCACUCACAACUCCAGACUGUAUAUGUCAGUACUCGCCACUAACGCUGCCGGCCUGACAUCACUGACCAGAGCUGAACCAGUGACGGUGGACAUGACACCACCAACUAUACAACACGUCAACGAUGGUUCAGGAGUUGAUGCAGACUUCCUUUCACCAGAGGACAUGGCAGCGAACUGGGCUGUGGAAGAUCCGGAAUCGGAUUCUAUCAACUGUGACAUUGCUAUAGGACACACGCCUGGAGAUGACGACGUCCGUCGGUUUGCUCGAACUAAUCCUGGAGUAAGGUUUACCAGGUGGAAUCUGACUGAUCUAGUGACGUCAUCUGGUGUGAAGGUGUACACGACAGUACGUUGCCAUAACAACGUGGGGCAGACCACCGAGUCCUCAUCUGAUGGUGUCGUCAUCGUGUCCCAGUUGGCAUCUGUAGCUGGCUUCCAGGUCCUGGAGGAGAGCCCCUCUGUGUUCUCAGACAGAGACCAGUGCCACGUAGCCCGAGACACUGUGAGACUUCGCUGGGAGGGAGGAGAAACCCAGAGUCCUUACACAACCCUGGUUCACAUCGAGGGUAGCAGUUUGAUCUACGAACAGAUCGUCCCGAGUAUAUUCACAUACACAUCUGCCCAGCUGUGUGGCCUGAAACUCAGCGACCUGACAACCUACAACAUCAGCGCCAUGCAUGUGCUGGACAAGCCAGGGUACCCGACAGAAGCUUCUAUCACCAUGCAUGGCCCGCCACCAAGCCUAAACAAAGCAGCGAUGAUCUCGUCCAGGACGUCCGACAGGAUGACCACUCUGUCCUGGCCUGGGCUGUUUACCUCCCCCUGGGGCCAGCUUGUGUAUGAAGUGAUGGUGGGCAGGGUGGAGGGUGGGGCAGAUGUGGUGGACGGGCUGCUGACACGCCAGGAGCAGAUGGAGCUCAACCUGUCCUCGCACCCGCUAACUGUCACUGCCGUAUAUGUCUCUAUAACAGCCAUUGAUCCGUGUGGAUACACUGCUUACUACUCACAGGCUGUGGAUGUCGGCCCCUGACUCCAACUGAUUCGUGGAAGUGUAAAUCGUGAUUAAAUAUUGUUUUCUAAUUUUGACAGUGUAAUUUGUUCCCAUCCGUACAUGCUCACACACUCAUCAGUCAAUUUAAUCAUCAUGACCAAUUUUGAAAUUAUAUCUAUAAUCAAGUUAUUUUGUCAUUACAUAAAUAUAAUAUUUUGUAAUAGCUUUUUUCAAAUGUCCUGAUCCCAAAACUGUAUCCAGUGUUUUCUGAAAAUACUCAAACGCACAACAUAAUUACUUUCUCCUACUUUUAAAUGACUCCCCCUAUUUUUAAAGAUUGCUUUCGCAACACCUACGUAACAUUUGUUCUGGGAAUGUGCCAGUACCAAGAACCAUGUUAUUAAGGUUUGAUAAAAAUAUCUUUAAAGACAUCAAUGGUGGUUAAAACAGAUACAUUGAUUAGUGUAUCAAUACCAGCAUCUAUGUCCUUUUUCAAAUUCACAGUUUUGGAGUUUCACAUUUUGUAAUAGCUGCAUUAGGUAGUGUGCUUUCUCAAUAUUUGCGUCACGUAGAUUAUCUAUAUCGAAGUCAUCUUCUGCCGAAACUUCUUUUAAAGUCAUAGGAAAGUUGCGUACAGAUUCAACCAUGAGAGUAAGGAUAAUUUGCGAAGGAAUAAUCCAAUGUAAACAAUCUCAUUAUCUGUUGGACGUGAUCAAAGAUAUUUAUGCUAAAUAUAUAACAAAAACCAAUAACCAUGCUUCAUUAGUAUAAUGUGUUGUUUAUUUGUCAUUUUUGUACCCAAUAAAUUAUAAUCAUAAAGUUUG